ACGAGCGGCAAUGUUCUACCUUAUUUUCAUCUUGUUGCAGGUUCGAGUUUCUCGUUUUACAUUUUUUAUCCUCGAUUUUCCGAUCUCCGUUGAACCGCCAUGAAUAGCGACGAUCCAGCGAGGCCACAGAGAAAGGUUAAGUUCGCACCCAAAGCUCCACCAACCAGAAAGCCCAAAUCCACUGUUCAGUCUGUUCCUAAGACUGAAGAUGAAAGUACUGCCGAGGCUCAGUAUCUCUUACGCCGUUUCCAGGAGAAAGUUACAAAACAAAAACCCAAAGUCAACGAGAAGCCACCUUCAGCACAAGUUGCAUUUGGUUUUGGAACCAAAUCAUCAUCUUACUUGAGGACAUAUGGCAAUCAGAGGGAUGGGACCUCUGGUAACAGUAGCUCGUCUAGGAUAAAUGUAUCUGAUGAUGAGCCGAUGUUAUUUUCCUCUCCUUCAACUGCCAAAGAAGAUGGAAUCAUUCUUCAUGCUUCAGAUCCUGCUGAUGCAUCAAGUUUGAAAACAAAGAAAAAUUACAGAGAUCCUUGGGAUUACCAUCGCUCAAACUAUCCUAUCACUCUGCCUUUAAGGAGGCCUUAUUCUGGUGACCCAGAACUUCUGGAUGAGGCAGACUUUGGGGAGGCUGCAAGAAACAAAGAGUAUGAUGAGAACACGAUAAAUCCUGCCUCUGAUCUUGGGCUUCUGGAGGAAAGUACGAAAGAAAAGAUGUUUUUCUUUCAGCUUCCUGCAAAGCUGCCCUUUGUCAAGCGAUUGGCUAGUGCAAAAGGAAAAGAAAAGGCUGAAAGCUCAGGAAGAAAGGGUGCCCCGGUGACAAGGUGUAGUUUGGAAGAGUUGCCAGAGGGAUAUAUGGGGAAAAUGCUAGUUUACAAGAGUGGAGCAAUCAAACUGAAGCUAGGAGACUGCCUAUACGAUGUUUCACCAGGUUCAGAUUGUAUAUUUGCUCAAGAUGCUGUGGCAAUCAACACUGUGGAUAAGAACUGUUGCGUCCUUGGAGAGCUCGGCAAACGGGCUACAGUAGCCCCUAAUGUUGAUUAUUUUUUGGAUUCUGUCAUUGACUUGAACUGAAUGCAGUUUAGGCAGCGUAAAUGCGACUAGAAUCAUCUUAUGCGGUUUAGGAAUGUGUUUAUUUUAUUUGUUAAAAACAUUUUGAUGUACAAAUUUAUGUUGAUAGAAAUAGAAUGACACCGACCUCA